AUGCUCAACAUAACGCUCAUCCCUCUGUGUGUUGACUUUGAUAGUCCAGGGGACUAUUUUCUCUUCAUGUUUCACAUCCUGGCCGGGGCUUGCACCGUGACAGUGGCCGGCUCUGUUGCAUGUGGGAUCAUUAAGACCCGGGCACUUUUAAGACAGAAUCGGUUUAUAUUCAUGCUGAACACAAGUAUCUGUGACACAAUGACCGGCUGUGGUAUUUUCUAUCAGUUUCUCUUCGAUGUGCGCGUUGGCUUCCCCUCUAAAAACGGGACUUAUUACAUCCUGCCUUCGCUUCUUGGAGUUAAUAUCAUGACGUUUCUAUUCGCUCAGUUUGACCGAUAUUUCGCCGUGUGCCAUCCCUUCUUCUACGGUCGUUUCAUCACCACAAGAGUGGUUAUAUGUGUCAAUGUGUACAGCUGGGUGCAUGUUUAUUCUCAGCUGCUCCUGCAACACAUGGUGCCACUUUCUAAAGCCAUACAGAUCGGGACCUACAGCAGGAUCAGUCUGAUGGUGAUUAUCAUCACCAAAAUAAUCAUGACCAUCAAGCUGCUGGUCGUGGCGAGGCACCAGCUGCUGCGGGAGCCGCCGGGUCCUGAGAGAGACAGUAAGAAGGAGUCCUUGCUGAUCAUAGUGGUGGUUGUGGUGUUUUUCCUGCUGCUGUGGGGCCCGGCCAUGCUCUACACGGUCCUGGCGUCGCUGACAGGGAAGUAUCUUGUCAUUAAAAACGACGCAGUAAACCCGAUGAAAAUUUUAUCCAGGAGUAAUGCUCUGUGCACUCCGUCCCUCUAUCUGUGUGCCAGCCCUUCACUCAGGAGGGCUGUGUGGAAAACUGUGUGGAGCAAAAUCUGCUGCUGCGAGAAACCCAAAAGGUUGGUUGGAUCAGUAACUGUAAGGGUAAAGUAA